CGAGCAACGAUUUGUGAGGGGUGGCCGGGGGCUGCCCUGUGGGACUGUUGGAUCGGCAACACGGCACGAGCCAUUUGCAGAAGCAAUUGUUUGUUUGUCCCUGUUAGUACCAUCGCGCAUCCGAUAGAUUUCGGUGCCAAUCGUGGCAUUUUGGCCAUUGACGAAAAGAAAGUUCAGUGACGCGUUGGUGACGAGAUGCAGGGCCUUUAAUAGUGGUUGGCAUUUUCCGUCGUAUUUUCCGUUCACCGCCUUUGCCACGACCACGGUCGCCUGCCUAUCUGUUGCACAAAGCAGAGAAGAUCAAGUGUGCUGUACAAGUGGUGGUCAGUUAGUCUAUUUUUGGCGGAGAUUUCAAUGGCUUGGUUAGAGCAGAAGAGACGAGCAACAAGAUAAACGAGAGCGUGGCACACCGGAGCGGCGGCGGAUUGUGGUUGGCGAAUCAGCAGCGGGGUCAAGCAUUUGCUCCUACCGGCCCACUUUCCCCACCCAACAAGCAGUACCACGAUGGGGGUCAUUUUGUCCAGAUUUCGGAAAGAGAAAAGCACUUUCCAGAAAUUGGAAGAAUUGGAGGAAAAAAUCAAGAGUCUCGAAGCGUACACAAUCAGCACCCAGGAGCGGCGGAAACGCUUCGUUGGCCGAUUUUUAGUCACAUCGAUCGUGCUGUACAUCGUCGGGUCGUUGAUAUUUUACUUCGUCUUCUUCCCGCCAACGUGGAAUGAACGGAUCGUCUAUUCCGUCCCACUACUCAUUUGUCCUAUACUCAUCUUCGUCCUAAAACGGGUACUAGCAUGGCACUACGAACGCAAGUUACGCUUAAACGCGAACAAACUGAAGGAUCUUCGGGCGGACAAAAAGAAGAUCCUAGAGAACGUGAUGGAAAAGGAGACGUACAAGGUGGCGGUUGAGAUUUUGGACAAAUUCGGCGAAAAAUCGCAUCGCAUUCAAACGCAAGCAUUCGCCGCUUCGCUGACGCCUCAGCGUGGCCCUAAGCCGAUGCCCGUGGGACAGCCUGCGGCAGCCGCACGAAUGCCGACCCCGGUCAUGCCCCAAAGGCAAAUAUCUCCUCCCUCGGUGGCGGUUCGACCGGCAACACCGGUGACACCGCAGAUGCGCCCCAGCGGUCCAAUGCAUCACACACCGCAAACGGCACCGGGCAUGAUGAUAAGGGCCCCGCCGUCCCAUCUGCAGCAAAGCCCUAUGUAUGGUGCGCGUGGUAGUAUGCCGUACCGAAGGACGCCGUUCCCCAUCAUCAACCAGAACGAGAAGGGCGUGCUGGAGAAGAUGGUGGACUAUUUGGUGGGCGAUGGACCGACGAAUCGGUUUGCUAUGAUUUGCAGCGAAUGUUGCAUGCACAACGGCAUGGUUCUGAAGGAAGAGUAUGAGUACACUGCUUUCCGGUGUGCUUUUUGUAAUGCAUUGAAUCCGGCGAAAAAGCAGCGUCCCGUCGCUCCCCGGCUCCCAUACGAACAGGAGCAGCUUGACAGACUUUCGCAAAAGCCUGACACAAGCUCUGAAUCGGAAGCAGAAGAAGGAGAUGAUCGCUCCUCCGGUUCGUCGCAAUCGGGCGAACCACGGAGCCCGGGUGUCGGUGAGGAAGAGCCAUUUGAACCAGAAGAGCAAGUAAAGCAAGAAGAAAUGCGAAACCUAGCAACUAGUGAAACGGAAAGCUCAGCCGAUGCCGGUGAAGCAAGCGGCGAAAAGCUGCUCCCAACGGAUGGAGAGCCAGCGGAGAGCAGUACACCCGACAGCACCGAAGUGCCAAGCAGACCGGAGACCGUCGGGUCGAAAAAAGUGGACUGAAUUUAUUAUUUUACUCUGAACAUAUUGUUGGUUUUUGUGUUGUUGCCACGUAAGGAGGGAUGUGGAGAUGACGUGUUUUGCCCUGUUAAACUUUUUAUCUAACUCUUUUUUCUAAAUAUCGACUGCCGCUAUGCACACCGACACAAACACACUCCUGAACGCCUCGAAAAAGGAUCCUAGUACUGUGGACAACGAUUGCAUGCUGCAGUCCGCUGAAAACGGCACUUUUCCCCCCAUCUUGUUCCCAUUAGUGUUCACAGUUGUGUAAAUUUGUGCAUUUAGGGAAAGGCCACACACCACCAAGCACGGAAUAGCUUCACUAGUCAAUCUACACUCACACAUUUAAUAUCUUAGGUAACCAAUUUUUCUUUCUAGCAUUUGCUCCUUGUAAAAAAAAGAAACAUAAACAAAACGGUGAUCAUUCAAGAGUGAAAGUAGUUUGUUCUGUGAAAUUUAAGUGAAACUCUUUGCCAACGCUAUAGAACGUGCCUAACUAGUGAAGUGAAGUGUGGGAGCUAGAGUAGCAAACAACUAAUGUGAAAUUAAUCAAUAUUUACAGCACUUUUCUUUUCUGCGUUGAAUUUGUUUCGGAAAGCGUACAAGCAUAUGAUGGUCAGUGCACGUGGGGCGCGCACGUGGCUAUGUUAUAGGUAAAAGUGAAGAACAUGCUAGCUAAAUCAUAGGCAAUGAAAAAGACUCGUUUGUUGAUCUUAUAUGCUCUUGUUGUAAUUAUAAUACUUAUGUAAGGCCUUUGCAAUAAAAAAGAACUAGAAUUUGUCUAAAAAUGUUGACGACC